AAGACUUACACGUCUCUUAGAAACAAGACCUAGCUGGAAAACAAACCGUUGUUGUUGUUGCAUCACCAUUCUGAUAUUUCUUUUGUCUUGUUUUCCACAGCUUUUAGAUCAGUGAGUGCUUGGUUGCCAUGGUGUCUGCGACUCUGGAGCUGGUGGGGUUCUUGUUGGGCCUGCUGGGCCUACUGGGCAGCAUCGUGGCCACGGUGCUCCCCUUCUGGGAGGUCUCGGUGAACAUCGCCCCCAAGAUGAUAAGUGGGGGCAGCACGAAGGGCCUGUGGAUGCAAUGCGUCCACAAGAUGACCGGGACCUUCCAGUGCGACACGUACAACUCCAUGCUGAUGUUGUCCACUGACCUCCAGGUGUCACGGGUCCUCAUGGUGAUCUCCCUGGUGCUGUCCAUCCUGGGCUUAGUCAUCACCGUCCUGGGUAUGCAGAGCACACUCUGCCUGGAGGGCCCGCUGGAGCUCAAGAAACGGGUGGCGGGUGUGGGCGGGUGCAUCUUCAUCGCCGCGGGCCUCAUUACGCUUGUCCCCAUCUCCUGGACAACCCACAAGGUGGUCCUGGCAUUCUACAAUCCUCUCGCCCCUCCCGCGCUCAGGUUCGAGCUGGGCCACUGCAUCUACUUGGGCAUGGUCUCAGCUUUGUUCUCCGUCCUGGGCGGCAGCGUGCUGGCUUUGUCCUUCUUCCGGUGGCAAGGGUGCGGAAGACAUCGGGGGAGCUACCCAUACACGGUGGACGGUCCUGACGUGUCGGUGGUGCAAAACCCCAACACCGUGCAAAUGGGGAGCAUCGGCGAUGGCAGGAUUUACAGGGGAGUCCAGGUGAAACCAAUAGGGGGAAGAUAUGACUUCACAGGUUAUGUGUGAUAUGACAUGAUAUGGGUGAUGAUGUCAUAGUUUUUUUUGUUUUGAAUUAAAUGGUUCCGACUUUUA